AAUAUAAUUACACAUUUGAUGGCAAUGUGCUGGUUUGCUCUUUUAACUUAUUUGCGGGUACCACAUUGCUUCUGUGCAUCUCCGAGUCUUGUAUUUAGCUGAUAUUCGGUGCUGUAAAACUUGUAUUUCUAUGAUGUACUAUAAAAAAUAUAUUACUAAAUUAAUCUGUUGAAAGAAUCCAGUUAUUUUGUAGUUGAUUGUAUAUUUAUAUGUCAAUGUCGGAAGGUUCAGCAAGUCCAUCUUCUGCGUCGUCUCGUUCUGACGAUGAGGUAUUGUCGUCUGCAGUGGGCAAUUUGGACAUUAAUCCUAGCCAUAUUGUGGAAUCAGAUGGCAGCAAUUCAGUUUCAGAUCGUGCUGAUGAAGGUUCAUCUGAGGUUCAUGCAUCUGCUGAUGACAGUGUAAGUAACUCUGAAGAUGACUCUGAUGGUGAGCAAUCUUCUUCUGAUUACAACCAGUUUGAGGACCGUGGUCCUAUGAAGUGUGGUAUACGCGUACAUCGUAUUACUCCUGUUAGUGAUCAGGAUGAUUCAGAGGUUAAGGUGGCUGAUGUUAACCAGUGCAUUGUUUUAGACGGUAGUCUUAGCACUGAUGAUCUUCGCGCGAGUUCUUCGGUACCUUCUGAAGUGGACCAACGUGAGAACACUGUGGAUGAGGGAAGUGCCAUCGAUGGCAAUGACCUGCAACAAAAUGACGAUGUAUCUUCAGAAGGGUCUGACAAUGAUAAGACGGUGUCUGACGGUGGUCAGCGCCAUCGUAUGGUAAUUCAUCAUGCCAAGGCGUUUAAUAACGCAUCCAUUGAGGAAGAGGACAUUGACUUCAGUAAUGCAUUUAACCCGGAUGCCUAUGACAGUUCUAGUGAGGAUAAUGAUGCAUCACCUGGUUCAGGUUAUAACACGAACCGUGCUGGUUAUGGCAACUACGAUGAGUAUGACAUGGGUGGUACUAUGUACGAAGACGAUAUGUAUUCUAACUCUUACAAUGAGGAGGAUUGCAACAAUGAUGUCAUGGGUUCGGCUGGUGCUAUGGCAAACAGUGACACUGUGGCUAAGAAGCCUGGUUUGAUAGGUCGUCAGAUUCGUCGUGCAAAGCACUGUGUCAAAACUAUUACUCUCACUCCUUAUGUGGCGGCUUCUAAGUUUACGAGUUACUGCAAGAAGAAGUUAUCGUAAUAUUCUGGUUAUCAUUAGUAGCAAUUCCAUGAAUUAUGCUGUGUACUAUU